AAUUCCUAUUAAAAGAAAAAGACGUCUCUUCUUCGCUGCGGGCAAGCAGCGAUCUCGUUCCAGGGAGAGGGGGGGAAGACGUCGGCGACGACCAUGAACUCUUGCCGCCUCUGAAUUUCCCAGAUUUUUAUCGCUCCAUGCUCCAAGAUCUUCCUCAGAUGGUUUAACAUUAGUCCUUUGAUAUUAAAGUUUCAAUCUUGCUGGGUUCUUUGGACUGGCUGUGAGCUACGGUUCUUGAAUUUGUACCAUUUGGCAUGGAAGAAUGUAAACCAUCCUCCGAUGGAGCGGAAACUGUGAUGGAAAAUGGUUCUACCCUGCUGCCUGAAGAUAAAACUUGUGGAGCCUUUGAUUCACAAAACAAGGAAACUACAGAUAUAAGUGAAGAAACCACAAUAUUGAAAGGAUCUGUUCCACUGGAGCAUGAGAAUGUGGUGUCAGAUUCUGGAGACAAGGGACAGGAAGAUAAAAGUAACGAAAAGGAGGAGGGUGAAGAGAAGAAUCACGCUGAAGAAAAUGUUGUAGCAAAAGUGAUGGGUCAUGAAGAUUCAAAAGAAGUUGUUCCAGAUUCUGGAGAUAAGGGAAAUGAAGAUGAAAGUGUUGAAAAGGAGGUUGUUGUUGAGAAGAAACACACUGAAGAAAAUACCACAGCAAAAGAGACUGAUAUUGAAGAAUCAAAAGAAGUAAAAAAGAUUGAGGCAUCAAAUACUAUGGAAAAGGAAAAUAAAAUAGAAGAAUCAAAUGAAGAGACCAAGAUUGAGGAAACAAUUAUUGUGUCAGAAGAAAAUGAUACAGGAGAAACAAAAGAAGACAAAGAGACCAAGGCCACAAAUAUUUCUAUUGAGGAUGUGAAAAUGGCUGAUGAAGGAGGCAAUGAAGCAAUGGAAGCUGAGUCCACUGUCACAGUUAAACCAAAUGAUGUAGAGGAGUUGGAAGAAGACAAGAAGACUGAUGUUGCUGGUACUACCAAUUCUGAGGAUGUGAAAGUAGCUGAUGUGGAAGGUGAUGAAGUGAUGCCAAUUGAGGAUGUGAAAAUGGUAGAAUCACAUGUUGGCAAAAGUGAGGAAGGUAUAGAAGAGGAACGAGUAGAACAAGAACCAAAAGGAGAAAAUGGCACUGAUGGAGGAAAGAAUGGAAAUACUGAAAUGAAGGAUGAGGGUAAGGAAGUUGUAGGGUUUAAGAGGAAAAGAUCACAGGUGAGAAAGACAAAGAGCAAAGGAAGUGAUAAUACGACAAAAGCCAAGGAGUUACUUAGUAGUCCAAUCACUUCAUCUGUGGAACGCCCUGUACGUGAGAGAAAAACUGUAGAGAGGUUGGUAGAAGUUAUUGAAAAAGAGAGAUCAAGGGAAUUUCAAGUUGAAAAGGGUCGGGGGACUCCAUUAAAGGAUAUACCAAGUGUGGCCCACAAAUUAGCAAGGAAGAAACCUGCAGAUAUUAAAUUAAUUCAUCAGACACUUUUUGGAAGGAGGGGAAAGGCAGUGAAUUUUAAAAAUCAUAUUCUCGAGUUUUCUGGUUUUGUAUGGCAUGAAAGUGAUCUAAACUUAUACCUCCAGGAAAAGCAAAGGGCUAAAAUGAAGGAGAAACUUGACAAAUAUGUAAAAGAUACACUGUUGGAUCUAUGUGAUCUGUUUGAUCUACCUGCUUCUAAAGCAAAUUCUAGAAAGGAAGAACUUGUGGAAAAAUUAUUGGACUUCUUGGUUGCUCCUCACCCUAACAUUGAACAAUCAACAAAAUCGAGAAAACGUAAGAGAGUGGCCAAGGGAAGUUUAUCAAAGGGAAUUGAAGAUAAAUAUUCAAAGCGGCAUAGGAAGAAGCAGAUCAGAGAUGAGGCCUCUCUGAGCGAAGAUAAAAGUGCAUCAGAAACGGAUGAUGAGGAUGGUAUUAAUGAUAGUAGUCCUCAUAAAGACAAGGCAGUUGACCAUUUGGAGAGUGAGGACGAGAAAGAUGCAUCUCAUGAAGUCUCUGAAGAAGAUGAAUCUGAAAAAGAGGAUAUAGGAACAGGAAAUAAAUACAAGAAGAAAGUUUCUAAACAAAAGGAUUCCCUUGGUAAGGAAAGGGCGGGGAUUGAAUCUAAGCGAGAGCCAGCUCCUGCAACUACCAAGAGUCCUAAAGCAUUAUCUUCCAAACAUUCAAAAUCAGAUGAUGAUGAUGAUGGUGAUGUACCUGCAAAGGUCUCCUCCAGGAAGAAAAUAACUGAUGCACCGAAGAAAAGGACCAUUAGAUCAACAAAGAAAGAGAAGGAUACUGGUAAAAAGGUCGGUAAAGAUAAAGCAAAAUCAGAGACUCAACAGCCAAGCAAAGAGGAACUGAGAAAGAAAAUAUGCGAAAUUUUGAAAGAAGUUGACUUCAACACAGCAACUUUUACUGACAUUCUGAAGCGGCUAGCUGGUCAUUACAAAACUGAUCUGACUCCGCGGAAGGCAUCGAUAAAGCUCAUGAUCCAGGAGGAGCUGACCAAACUGGCAGAAGCUGAAGAAGAUGAAGAUGUCGAUGAAGAAGAACAACCAAAAGCUAAGAACAAGCGUGCAAAGAGGCAGACGGUUACUUGACAAGCCAUACUGUCGUACCUGUCAGUUAACCAUGUAUUUUAGGCUUUCAUUGAUGUCGUUAACCAUGUAGUCUACCUCUGUAGAGGCUGUAUUUAUUCGUAGGUGUAGUUCUGUUUCUGAUAACUGUGACUCGGUUGUUACUACCUGGUUAUCGUUAUUGGGCAACGGUCAAUGCUUACUGGUUGUAAACUAGUAAAUGUAUCGACUACUAAGUUUAUGUAAUUUGUUGCCUGCC